AUGAACACUCUAAAGCAUAAAAAGAAUAUGAAAUAUUAUGAUGUUAAUCAAAAGCUAAUAACAACCAGAAUAAAACCAUCGAGAGAAAAAGAUGAAAUUGCUGCUGCUGAGGGUGUUUUAGUUUACCACAACAUAAAGCAUGGUCAUUCAUAUUUAGCACAACAAUGUCUGGUCAAUGUUUGUAAAACAAUAUUUUCAUCUUCACCAAUAGCAACUGGUUUAUCAUGUGCUCGAACCAAGCCACCUUCUAUUACAUUAAAUGUUUUAGCACCAUACUUUACACAAAAUUUAAUUAAUGAUUUAAAAGAUUCAUUUUGA